AUGAUUGCAAACGAUUUGUUUCGUAAGCUUACGUGUGGUGCCAAGUUUACCAGCAAAAACAAACUGCCAACCAAGCGGAAGCUCGAAAGUGCCGGUACAGGUGCGGUUGCAAAAAUACAGGCACGUUUAAAGGACGAAUCGGACGACGAUGAGCAUGAUGUAAACCAGCGUGCUGGAAGCAUAUCUCUAGCAGAAAAUGCAGCAAACCGUACGGAAAUUAAAAGCGAAGCUUCAUCAUCCGACGAAUCCGGGGACGAACAGCAGAAGCACCCGAAAAGGAAAGAGAAAAGCACGGGAAAGAUGAAAGUAAACAACGUACACCGAAUAAAUCAGCUACGCAAUGAGUUUAAAAUCCACGUAAAGAAAAGCCGUCACAGUCCAGAAGUGCCUAAUAUCAUAGAAACGUUUGAUCAGCUUAGCACUGAAUGCGGAUUGUCGAACCGGCUAGUUUCAAAUAUAUUGGCCUGCUAUAGCAAACCAACGCCGGUGCAAAUGCAAGCCAUUCCCAUACUGCUCAAAACGCACUCGUUGCAUGCGCUUGCUCCUACGGGCUCUGGCAAAACGGCAGCUUUUCUCAUUCCGAUUCUGCAUCAUCUGAAAAAACCGAUGAAGUGUGGCUUCCGCGCUCUUAUCGUUUGUCCCACGCGCGAAUUGGCCAAGCAAAUUCAACGAGAAGCAUUACGCUUGGGCGAUGAAAUGAACAUACGCACACACGUUAUUCAAACGGUAGAUAAUCCAAAGAAAAGUGAUUAUAGCUUCAAUAGUGGCCGCAACUACGACAUACUGGUGACGACACCGAAUCGGAUCUGUUACCUGCUUGCACAAAAUCCACCAAAAAUCGAUCUAAGCAACAUUCAAUGGAUAGUGAUCGAUGAGGCGGACAAACUGUUCGAGGAUUCUAAAAACUCGUUUCGUGAUCAGCUCGAUACGGUGCUCACUGCAUGCAACAACCCAACCAAAACGAUGGCCCUCUUUAGCGCGACUCAAACACGGGAGGUAAAUUUGUGGGUUGCCAAAAAUGUUCCCAAUCGCAUCCGCUUUUCCGUUGGCCUUAUGAACGGUGCGGUCGAACUGGUCGAGCAAAAGCUUCUCUUCACCGGUAGUGAAUCAGGCAAAUUACUUGCGUUUCGUGAGAUAGUAGCACAAGGUCUCCAUCCACCGGUGCUAGUGUUCGUACAGAGCAAGGAUCGCGCUCAGCAGCUGUUCACGGAACUGAUCUACGAUGGGCUGAACGUGGAUGUGAUACACUCCGAUCGUACGCAGCGCGAACGGGACAAUGUGGUCCGCGCUUUUCGCGAGGGAAAAACUUGGAUUCUUAUCUGCACGGAGCUCAUGAGUCGCGGUAUUGAUUUCAAAGGUGUCAAUUUAGUGGUUAACUACGACUUUCCCCCCUCGACUAUCUCAUACGUGCAUCGCAUCGGGCGGACGGGUCGCGCUGGUCGAGCGGGAAAAGCCGUUACCUUUUUCACUAAAGACGACACUGUCAAUCUAAAGAGCAUUGCACAUCUAAUAAAAUCAGCUGGCGGUGAAGUGCCUGAUUAUAUGCUGCAACUACACGGCAGCAGUAAGCGGGCCCGGGAUAAUUUAACACGGAAAGCACCGAAACGAGCUGCCAUUCGAACGCUUCCUACGUUCGAAUAUCAGCAGCUACAACGCAAGAAGCGUUUUGUUUCCAAAAGCAAAGGCAAAACCAAACCAACAAGCUGUUCAAAGGUGAAAAUUAACGAAGCCGUUAAGAAACCCACACGUUCAAAGAAUCCUGAGCGCAAGAAAUAA